GAAAUCUCUGGUCUCUCGACGCGAGACCAAUAUCUUUUCAAUUCUCUCUUCGUUUCUCUGCGUUUCCCAACGUUUUGGGCUCGCUCUCCUCUCUCUCUCUCUCUCUAAAAAGAUGGCCAUUUCUGUGACGGCGGCUACAAUUCACUCGCUGAGUUGGGACCACACCAAGUGUAUGUCAUCAUCGUCUUCAUCUAAGCUUUUGAACUUGUCAACUCUGCGAUUCGCUGGACAGUUUCAGGGUUUGCGAAUUGGAAACAAAGGGUUUUCGUCUCAUUCGCGGACUCGAAUGCUUCCUCUGGUUGAAGCAAAGAAGCAAACAUUUUCUUCCUUUGACGAUUUAUUGACAAAUUCUGACAAACCUGUCCUGGUUGACUUCUAUGCAACUUGGUGUGGUCCAUGUCAAUUCAUGGCUCCUAUUCUUAAUGAAGUCAGUGCUUCAAUGAAGGAAAAGAUCCAAGUGGUGAAAAUUGAUACUGAGAAGUACCCAAGCAUCGCUGAUAAGUACAAAAUAGAAGCAUUGCCUACAUUCAUCAUAUUUAAGGAUGGGGAACCCCACGAUCGCUUUGAGGGUGCUUUGACUACAGACCAGCUCAUCCAACGGAUUGAAGGCUCACUAAAAGUUAAGCAGUAGCCUGUAGUUUUCAUGGUGAACCUUCUUUCCUCUUAUCAGUUAGACUGGGAAACUGAUCUAAUCAAACAAUUACAACUGGAAUACUGGAGCUCAUAGGAUAAUAGGAUAUGCAAGGUGAUCAUUUCACCAUCUUUUGAGUCACUGGUACUGUGUUUUGGAAACAUUGUUGAAAUUCAUUUAUGUAAUUGUAAAUUGUGCUGAUAAAUCAAACAAAACUAUUACAGAAUGCUUUGACUGCUACAGAUUUGCUUGGGAAUUGAAUUGUUCAUGAAAAAAAAAUAAUAAUAAUAACAAAAAAAAUAUGGUUUUGCUGUGA